AUGGUGCUUCACUUUAGGCUGGAGGUCCAUACAGCUUUUCUAGCUGGCCUCCCAGGAAAACAGGGAAUCUAUGCGAGGAGCUACCAGCAGUCUGCCACAAGUUGCAUGUGCCCUCCUUCAUUCGCUCAAUACCCUGGCGACGUGGUGAAAUAUCAGUUGACGGAGGAAAAUCUUCGAACGGCAUGA